GCUGUUGUUUGUGAGUACAGACGCUUUACAGAGAAGCAGCUCAAACCCACAGCCGGACAGCCACUCUGCUGCCAUCAUGAGAGAGUUCAAGAGCAAAGAAUUCUGGAGAGCUGUUCUGGCCGAACUGGUUGGCAUGACCCUUUUCAUUUUCCUUAGCAUCGCCUCUGCCAUUGGGAACAAGAACAACACUAGCCCAGACCAGGAGGUGAAAGUGUCUCUGGCCUUCGGAUUGGCCAUUGCCACGCUGGCCCAGAGCUUAGGCCACAUCAGUGGAGCCCACCUGAAUCCCGCAGUCACCCUCGGGAUGCUUGCCAGCUGCCAGAUCAGCGUGUUCAAGGCUGUCAUGUACAUAGUGGCCCAGAUGCUGGGUUCGGCCCUGGCCAGUGGCAUUAUGUAUGGAGUGCGUCCAAAUGCCAAUGAUGCACUGGGGCUCAACACUCUCAACGGCGUUACUCCCAGCCAAGGCGUGGGCAUUGAGCUCCUGGCAACCUUCCAGCUGGUGCUGUGUGUCAUUGCAGUCACUGAUAAAAGGCGGCGUGAUGUCACAGGCUCAGCGCCCUUGGCCAUCGGCCUCUCGGUUUGCCUGGGACACUUGGCAGCUAUCAGCUACACAGGCUGCGGUAUCAAUCCUGCUCGGUCCUUUGGCCCGGCUUUGAUCCUGAACAAUUUUGAAAACCACUGGGUGUACUGGGUGGGGCCAAUGUGCGGUGGUGUAGCGGCAGCUCUUAUCUACGAUUUCCUGCUCUCCCCCAAAUUUGGCGAUUUCCCUGAGCGCAUGAAGGUCCUGGUCAGUGGUCCAGUGGGUGACUACGAUGUUAACGGAGGCAAUGAUGCCACAACUGUGGAGAUGACGUCGAAGUAGCGCUGUGCAGUCACAACCACUCAGUGUCCUUGCACAUGUCUAUACGCCUGUAAAAAAAAAAGUUCUUGAAUUUAGUGUAGCAUGUCAAUGUUUUUGUGCUCUUUUUGAAAUGCCAAUGCGGACUGUGGUUGGGGGGGUCAGUUAGUGUCUCGUUCUAAUUCACUCCUUUGUUUGACCCCGCACACAGUUGUUAUCCAAGCUGACACUCAAACAUACAGUAUAAGUCAAGGUUGUGAACAUCUUGACUGGGCAGUGUGUUGAAUUUCCCAUAUCAGUAUUCUAUGUUGAGCCUUUUUUUUUUUUGUAUACAUAUUUUUAUGUGCCUCUAUCAUUUCUUAUUUCUGAUGAAUAAUGUGUUCUGUGUACACUCAUGAAAUGUCUGUCACUUUUUUAAGUAAAUAAAA